AUGUUUAUGAGUUUCUGUAUGAAUUGACAAAUUUGUGGACAAAUUGACUAACACAUUGAAAUUAAUGGCUGGAUAGUUGUGGCACAAAUGGCGCUCCAUACUAGGCUCCUCAGUUAAUCAGGGUCAGGCAGGUGAUGAAACUGCGUUACCUGACUCGAGAAUUCAGAAUUCUCUUGUUCUCAUUACACUAAAUGGGCACACACCCUCACAAGAUGGCUGUCCUACACGGAUUCGUUGUUGCAAUAUAUUGGUAGAUCUAUGGUGGAAUCUCGUUUGAACGUGCGUAAUACUGGGCGGAUGUACACAUCCAACCGGAACAGAGAACGACCAAUGCGAACGGAGGAGGGCAGAUUCAAAUAUUUACAGUCAGGAAGCUACAUGCAUUGAUUGGUAUAUAUUUUUUUUAAUUUUUUUUCCCCUCACUGUCUUUCCUUAAAGGCACUUGGAUUUAUUGCAACAUGGAAAAUAGGGAAGUAAGUCAGGGUCCCACGACCAAAGGUGCAACAGUAUGCAACCCUGGCAAAACAGGCAAUGUAAUUCCUAGUGGGAACCAGUUAGCUCGAACACCAUUGGCCUCCUCAACAAAGAGGCGGACCUCACAGAAAGCUCUUCUGCCUGCUGGUGAACAUACUCAUUCUAAGAAGCUGCGGCGUAGCAACAGAAGAACUGGCGAAGAUUCUCACACUUCCAGUAUGCUCACUCCAGGUGAAGAAGCAAUCAGACCAGUUGGCCAGGGUCGAAACUCUUCAAGAAAGGAGAAGAAGUUGCAGUCCUCAAUUGGGCAUGUCUCCGAAGACAAUGAAUGUAGGCUGGUAAGGAGGUCAAGUAGAGCAGCUAAUCUCUCAGCAUCGAACCACAGGGAGGGUAACCGGGUCACAGAAAAGAAGAGAGAGUCCACUACAAAAGAGAGCAAAUCUCUGAGACGAUUAAGUCAACUUCCAGUUCAAGGGUUUAAUGCAAUGGACACAUCGGGGAUAAUCAGAGGAAUGCAAGGGAACAAUUGGACUGAAGCUGACUUCGAAUUUGUACAACGAAUGAAAAACGAGAAGUCAGUGAUGCAGUUAAAGGAAGAAUUAAAAAGGCUACAAAGAGAGCUCAAAGAUGAAAUGCAGAAGAAGGAACUGUUGUGGGCACAGAAAGAAAAGAUCCAGACAGAUACAGUGAACAUGGAAGAGACCAUUGAUAAAACAGUGCAGCUUGGGAGAGUCUUUCUGUGCAGGAAGAUGGACCCCAGCAUUGUUGAGCCUCUUUGCCCAGAAUCAGUACUGAAACAGCUGAGUGUUGCCUCUGUGCAGCAGGUUAUCCAGCAGGAAACAGCAAAACUACAAGCUCUGGAGGAAAAACUGACAGGCGAACAAAAGCAGGCUAGCCAUCAGAUCAAGCAGCUACAAAUAGAAAUGAGAAACAAGGAAAUGUAUUAUCUUGAAAAGAUCAAAUCCUAUAAAGGAAGGGUCCUGAUGGAGCAGGAACUUGUGGAGAAUCUAAAGGGUCAGCUGUCAGAACUACAGGAGAAACUGGCAGAAACUCAGGAGCAUUUUAAAAGCAUGAAGAGCCAAAUAGAGGACUUGCAGGCAAAACGAAUGGAGAACUACAGUGGAACAGUGGAUAUGGCAAAGAUUGAACAAAGAUUAAAGAGACUUGAACGACGAAAAGAGCUUUUUCUGGAAAGACGAAGAAUUAUGCAGAGGCUUUGUUCCAUGGACAGAUAAAGCUAUGGUUGUACUGUGUAAAAUGUUCUUACAUCUCUAAUGCUGGCAGUAGGGAUAUCAUUGAGAUAUCGAUGCAUAUGCUUCUAAAUCACACUUUUAGAUGUUUUUUUUUUACAUACUGUGCAGGGUGGAAUAAAGACUGCUCAUUAAAUGUGUGGGCAACCAUGCCUUUGACCUGUUGCCGUUUAGGGUUUAGUAUGUAUUUAAAGUAUUGUGAGUUUGGUAUUCACCG